UGGUGGUAGCAGCAGCGCAGGUGGAGGUAGUAACGGCAAUAGCAGCAGCAAAACGGGACCGAUCGAAGACGGAGCGCCGCUGCCGGCCGCCUUUGAGCCCGUCCCGCUCAACUUGUACGGCAAACCCCUUCAGGAAAUUGAUCCCACCGUCAGAGACAAGACGUUUGUGGUGGUGUCGAACCGGUUCCGCAAGAAUUACAUCCACCGAUUCUCCGCCUCGCGAUCCUGCUUCCUCUUUUCGCCGUGGAAUCCGCUGCGGAGAAUCGCCAUUUACCUGUCGACGCAUCCGUAUUUCGACUACGUCGUCAUGACGACCAUCCUGCUCAACUGCAUCUUCCUGGCCAUGACGGAGCCCGUAGAACAAGCCGAGUACGUGUUCCUGGGCAUCUACUCGUGCGAAAUGGUCAUCAAAGCCGUGGCCAAGGGCCUGGUCCUCGACCGGUUGACGUAUCUGCGCAGUCCGUGGAAUUGGCUCGAUUUCGUCGUCAUCCUCUCCGGCUACGCCACACUGGCCGUCGAGAUCGGCAAUCUGGCCGGCUUGCGCACCUUCCGCGUCCUCCGCGCACUCAAAACCGUCUCCAUCAUACCAGGUUUACGCACCAUCAUCAACGCUUUGCUCAAAGCCAUGCGCCAGCUGCUGGAAGUCAUGACGCUGAUCGUCUUCUGCCUGAGCGUCCUGGCCCUUUUCGCCCUCCAGGUGUUUAUGGGCGAACUGCGGAACAAGUGCGUCCGCCAGUGGGAACCAAACAACACCGACCUCAACUGGCACACGUGGAUAAGGGAGGAGGAGAAUUGGCUGCGCGAAGAGACGGGCAGUUUUCGCUUGUGCGGUAACCUAACGGGCACCUGGCACUGCCCGGCCGACCACGUGUGUUUGCCCGGUUUGGGCAACAACCCCAACUUUGGUUACACCAACUUUGACACGUUCCCGUGGUCGAUGUUGACCACCUUCCAGCUCAUCACGCUCGACUACUGGGAGAACAUUUACAACAUGGUACUGGCCGUCUGCGGUCCCUACACCAUCGUCUUCUUCAUGAUCGUCGUCUUCUUUGGCGCCUUCUACCUCAUCAACCUGAUGUUGGCCGUCGUGGCCAUGAGCUACGACGACGAGGCCGGAUCCAACAAUCAGGAGAAGAUCAAGACGCUGACCGACUACCGGGAAGAGUCGACGUUCAGCUUCGAUCCGGGCAAACUGCCGCUCGUCUUGCUGGAAAAGGGACACCACGCGGACCAGGCGAGACAGAAGAAGGCCAGGAUGGAUGCCAGGAUGCUGGCCAAUCGCAAUCAUCUGUCGGGCAUCUCGGGCAUGAUGGACGAGGACGACCAAUCGCCUCCGCGCCAACAUCCUCACGUGGCCGACUUGGUCUGGGCCUUGGCCAAAAGCGAGGCUGCCAAAUUGGAAGCGGCCAAACACGAAGCGUCUUGCCACAAAUUGGACGCAGCAUCAGGUGAUGGCCCGCCGCUCGCGAGCAACGAUCCGUCGUGUUCGUCUUCGACGUCGCCUUGGUUGCGGCUCUUGCGUUCCAUGCUGCAACACGUCAUCCAAAGUCCCUGGAUGGAUUUCUUCAUCACGAUCAGCAUCGUCCUCAACACGGCCUUUCUGGCCGCCGAACACCACGGAAUGAGCCCGGACGUCAAGCACGUCCUCGACGUCGGCAAUAAGGUUUUCACUUCCGUCUUCACGACCGAAUGUAUCCUGAAAAUGGGCGCCAUGGGCACGGAUUUCUUCCGCAACGGCUGGAAUGUCUUUGACUUUGUCAUCGUCCUCGCCUCGCUCGUCGACUUGGGACUGGAGAUUGUCAACGGCCUAUCGGUCCUACGCGGCAUGCGAUUGAUGAGAGUGCUGCGUCUGGCCCAGUCGUGGACGACGAUGAGGGUCUUGUUGAGCAUCAUCUUGUCAUCACUGGGAGCCCUGGCCAAUUUGACGUUCGUCCUGGCCAUCGUCGUCUACAUCUUCGCCGUCAUCGGGAUGCAGCUCUUCGGACGCGACUACACGCCCGAGAACUUCUACCCGGAUCCUGUGCCCCGCUGGAACUUUAAGGACUUUUUCCACUCGUUCAUGAUGAUCUUUCGCAUCCUCUGCGGAGAAUGGGCCGAACCGCUCUGGGAUUGCAUGCGGGCAGAGAGGAAAUACGGCUCGGAGAUUUGCUUCUCCAUCUUCUUGCCGGCCCUCGUCAUGGGCAACUUUUUGGUGCUCAAUCUCUUCUUGGCCUUGUUACUCAACAGUUUCAGCUGCGAGGAGCUCAAGUCGCGCAAAGAGGAAAUCAACGAAGAUUCCAAACUGGUCGAAGGACUGAGGAAGAUCCGCACCAUCGCCAAAGCCACUCGGACGCUGGUCAAUUUGAACUCGUUCGAACGCAGCGAGAGCGUGGCCAGUAAGCGCAUGCAGCUGGCCAGUCGGUCGCCCAGCUGCGUCGCCCUAAGCCACAAUAGACUGGCCACUCCGAAUGCCAACGCGUCGCCGGCCAGAGGUCGAAGCGCGGCCGGAGGGGCCGCCAGUUUGGCUUGCAGUUUCGACGACAGCGCCAGUGUCCAGCUUCGAUCCGUCUACGGAUCUGCCGAGCAGCAACGCGCCGUUUGGCCGUCUGAAACGAAACUAGAGCCCAGCGCAUCGCAGCAGCAGCCGCUGCCGCCAUUUGUUGUGCAGGACCGGCCGAAAGAGGCCAACGAUGUCGAAUGUCAGGAGCCAACGGAGCCGGUGGUUGAAGAGCCGCACCACCAACAGCGCAGCGGGGCGGACAACAUCGCCGAUUGGAGCAUUUUGAUUCCGACCGUGUUGGAAGUGGUGCCACCUAUCGAAGCGGCCAAAUUGGCGAGAGAGGACACGCCUUCGAUCGUCUUGUCCGGCCAGGAGGAGAUGCCCGAAGAGCCGCCCGACUGCAUCCCGUCGUCGUUGCACGACAAGUGCUGCUGCUGCUGGCAGAAUGCCGGCUGCAGUUUGCUGGCCACGCCGUUGUGCCGACGCUGGAUGGCCGGCCGGACGGCCCUCCUUCAGGUGGUCAAACACCCGGCCUUUGAGUGGUCGAUCCUGAUCCUGAUUUUCGGCUCGUCCAUCACGCUCUGCUUCGAGGACAUUUACCUGGAAGAGAACCCGCGCCUAAUGAGCAUCUUGCGCUGGACCAAUAUGGCCUUUGCCAUCCUCUUUGCCCUGGAGAUGAUCAUCAAGUGGUUCGCUCUCGGUCUCAAGUAUUACUUCUCCAGCGUUUGGACGGCCCUGGAUUUCGUCAUUGUCACCGUCUCCGUCAUUAGCGUCGCCGUCGAGGAUUCCGCCAACCUGUCGGCUCUCAGGUCGCUGAGGACUUUGAGAGCUCUGAGACCGCUACGUGCCAUUUCUCGAUGGCAAGGAAUGAAGAUCGUCGUCAACGCGCUCAUGUUUGCCAUUCCGGCCAUUUUCAACGUCCUGCUCGUCUGUCUCGUCUUUUGGCUCGUCUUUUCCAUCCUGGGCGUCCAGCUCUUUGGCGGCAAGUUCUACAAGUGCAUCGACGACGAAACGGGCGAGCGUUUCCCGCCACAACUGAUCGAUACCAAGGCGGACUGUUUGAGCCGCAACUUGACAUGGACGAAUUCGCCCAUUCACUUUGACCACGUCGGCCACGCUUACUUGGCCCUCUUCCAAGUGGCGACGUUUGAAGGCUGGAUGGAAAUUAUGGCGGACGCUGUGGACGUGCGCGGCGUCGAUUUGCAGCCGUCGUACGAGGCCAACUUGUGGGCGUAUCUCUAUUUCGUCGUCUUCAUCGUCUGCGGAGCCUUCUUCACUCUCAACCUCUUCAUCGGUGUCAUCAUCGACAACUUUAACAUGCUCAAGAAACGGUACGAGGGCGGAGUGCUGGAAAUGUUCCUAACGGAGAGCCAGAAGCACUACUACACGGCAAUGAAAAAGUUGGGACGCAAAAAACCGCGCAAGAUGAUCCGCCGGCCCAUGAACCCUUAUUUGGCUCUCUUUUACGACAUUGCCAUGUCCAGAAGGUUCGAGAUCGCCAUCUUUAUCAUGAUCUUCCUAAACAUGGUCGUCAUGGGCGUCGAGCAUUAUGGCCAGCCGCCCGUCUUCACUUUCAUCUUGGAACUCUGCAACGCUCUGUUCACCACCAUGUUCGCCCUAGAGGCUGUUGUCAAGAUGAUUGGACUACGUCAUCAUUACUUCACUCUGCCGUGGAAUCUGUUUGAUUUGGCGCUCGUCUCUUGCUCCGUCGUCGGACUCAUCAUGGAGGACGUCCUCAACGAGUUCCCCAUUUCGCCGACGCUCCUCCGAGUCGUCCGCGUCUUCCGGCUCGGCCGCGUUCUUCGACUGGUCAAGGCGGCCAAGGGAAUCCGCAAACUCCUCUUUGCUUUGAUCGUCUCCCUGCCGGCCUUGUUUAAUAUUGGCGCCCUGCUGGCCCUCAUCACCUUCAUCUACGCCAUCAUCGGCAUGGCCCUGUUCGGUCACGUGAUCCACUCUGGCGCCCUGAACGAGAUGGUCAACUUCGAGACGUUUGGGCGCAGCAUGUUGCUGCUCUUCCGUCUGAUGACGGGCGCCGGCUGGAACGACAUUCUCAAUCCGCUGCUGAUCCAGCCGCCUUACUGCGACAUGACGUACCACAAUUUGCCGUACGGCAACUGCGGGAGUCCAAUGCUGGCCACGCUCUACCUGGUCUCGUUCAUCGUCCUCUCGUCCAUGAUCGUCAUCAACAUGUACAUCGCCGUCCUGCUGGAGAACUUCAACCAGGCCCAUCACGAGGAGGAGCUGGGACUGGGCGAGGAGGACCUGGAACGCUUCUACGCCAAAUGGUCGCGUUUCGAUCCGUACGCGACGCAGUUUAUCGCUUUCGGCGAACUCUCGGAUUUCGUGGCCAGUCUCGACCCGCCGCUGGGCAUCUCUAGGCCCAACAUGGCCGCUCUGGUUAACUUGGACAUCUUGAUCGCCAGCGGCGACCGACUCCAUUGCCUCGACAUCCUUCACGCUCUCACGCGCCGCGUCCUCGGCGACGUCGAGGACACUGAACAUUUCCGCAAGCUCCAAGAGCAAAUGGACGAGAAAUUCAAGAAACAAUUCCCCAAUCGACGCGAGUUGGAAAUCGUCUCUUCGACGGCCAAGUGGAAACAACGAGACACGGCCGCUCGCGUCAUCCAAAGAGCCUAUCAGCUUUUCUUAAGACGCAAGUUGCUGGCCAGGAAGAGGAUGGAAGAGAUGCGCGGCCACGUUCAAACGCAAACGUCUUUCUCCAUCGAUUCGUCUGAUUCGUCUUUUGCCUACGAACCGGAUCGCUUGUCGCUGCGCUCCGUCCUCAACCGCAUGUCCAGCCUGUUCCACACUUACCUGGGCGGAGGCGGACUGAGUCGCCAGAGCAGCAGCCGAUACGGCGAUUCUCCCAGUCCCAUUGGAUCGGUCGCGUCCGGCGGCCAAGCCUCGCGCCAGAAUUCAACCCGUCGUCGCUUAGGGUCCGGCGCUCAUCCGCCAAAGAGUCGCCCUCACAGCACUUUACUCGACGUUCUGGUGCCCGGGUCCAGACGUUCCAGCAUUUGGUCUCUGGGGACGAUGGUCGUCUCUGCGCAGGUUCACAACGAAUGUUCAAAUGGUCAAAAUCACCAGAUGCAGAGCAACGGCCAACUGUCGACGAGUUGUGGCAAUCGGCGGGGCUCGUUGGCGAUGGCGGCCAGUCCGCCCGAUCAUCACGCCGACGGUGGCAUCACGUUGCGCUACAGCGAAGUGUUUCCACCUCAGUCGUCGUCUUCGUCGUCGACGACGGCGGCCGACAAUGGCGGCGCGUUUCUAUCGCCACCGCAGCAGCGAUCUGAUGUGAUAGUCAAAUUAACAGCCGCCAGUUUAGAUUCAGAUUUGAAUAUGUAAAUGUGGAGUAAGGCAGAGAGUUGUAGGACCCGCCAUCUGUCAUCAACCAAAUCACAAACGACAGAUAACAAACGAUAGUUCAAUUUAAAAAAAAAAAACAAUUUUCGGACCCCCUUUCCUCAAAAUAGCUAAUAUGUAAACUAAUCGUUAAUGACAUAGGACAAUUUAAUUAUAUUGCGUCUCCAAUGUACAGUACGAUUGUUGUCGGAAUGGUGAAAAUCACAUUCUCUUUUCUCUCUUCUACUCUUCCUUCCUUCCAUUUUUUUUUUUUUUUCAUUCCACCGUUUUAUCUCUCGGAUUUAUCUCAAUUGAAUUCCCUUUUCAUUUUCCUCGAAUUAUUAUUAUAGCUCAUCUUCAAAUUCUACGUAUAUAUAAAUAAUUCUCUAUUUCACCAUCAACAUCUACAUACACUUUUCUCUUUUUUUUUUUUUUUUUUUUUUAGCUCUCUAGUCUACUCUUUUUAUUCUAUCGACAUUUUUCUCUCUGAUUUCGGCGAAACGAAAGACAACAAAAAACGAAUAUUAAAUCUAAGAAUUAAGACAAUGUGUUUUUUUUUUGUUUUUUUUUGCUUAGGGUCGUCACUGUUCCUUUGUGUGUGUGUGUGUGUGUGUGGGUGUAUGUGUGUGGGUGCGUGUGUUGACACGAUGCAUUUAAAAAACAAACAAAAAAACUUCCAUUUCUUUUAAGAAAAAGAUUUCCAGAUCAACACAGCCCCCGUAUACAUUUCUAGAGUAUUACAUCGUUGGCCAGCAGCAGUCACUCAAUCAAUAACCGACUGCUAAACAAUAAUGUUUUCUUUGGUUUUUAUUUUCUUUGUUUUUUUUGUUUUUUUUGUUUUUUUUGUUUUGAAUUAGUUGAAAAUUACCGGGCGAUAAAAAGAUUUGCUUGUUGAUGUUGUUCUUGUUAUUUCUAGGUGAAAUAUUCCAACAAAAAAAAAAAGAAAAGAAAGAAAUUUUCUCAACACACUAAAUGAUGAUACUUGUGUUGUGCUUGAAUGUAUCUAUUUGUGUACGUGUGUUACUGCUGCUGCUGCUGCGCGAGCCCGGGAGGAAAUCAAUACAAUCGUAGGCCUUUGCGCAUCGUGA